AUGGAUAAAACAGGGAAGCGUAGCAGUUUCAAAAUGAAAAUUUUGGCGCUCACUCUCCUGUCCGCUCUCAUCAACGGAUCCUACGGUACUCGUGCCACGGACCACCCCAACUACCCAUCGUAUGUCAUUCACAAUGGACCAUCUGGCACUCAAAACGACUACUUUCCGGAUUCGAUGUCUUCGAGAUACGAUCCAUCUCCUCCAUUCCCUGGUAUCCAAGAUUUCCCCAACUCCCCUCCGGACUACUCGUCCUUCUUCUACCCCAACCAUCACUUGCUCUCGGAUAUGUCGUCCGUCACUGCCCUCCAAAAUGAUUCACUCGCCUCGAUACACUUCCAACCACGUCCUCUUGGCUCUCUCCACGGUCAAAAUCGCCCAUCCUACAGAACGAUUCGAAAUGGACAAAGAAGAAUAGAAAAAUUGUUUGACGCUGAAAUGAGUUCAGCUUUACAAAGAAAGGCUUACAGUCAGGUAAAUGCUCUAGUAGAAUUUAAUGCCGAAUUCAUGGGAGCAGUUCCAAAGUUCAGUGCGGGUCUGAAGACUAUGAAAGGCUUUAAACUUGAAGAUGGUCUAACUGUUAUUGAGCCAAUCGAGAAGAUGCUCAAUCUCAUUAGCCGUCGCGAGUUGUUCAAAACCCUCCACGCCUCUGAGAGUACAGCCGCAAUUAAGUCAAACUUGCAAGAGAUUUCAAAGGUCUCUUCAACUUCACAGGCUUCGAUUCAAGAUUUUGCCACCAUAGCCAGUUUAGCCAAAAGUAGAUCCCUUCCCAGUGCUAACAAGAAAAAGUUCACGGAUGGGUUUCCAAAUGGCCUGUCUGAUAUCAAACAAUUGAUGACGGACGUUCGAGAUCCUUGGAUUGGGAAGAUCACUGGAAUUGAUCGUUCUCUGAAUGGAUUGACUGAUGGAUUCCAACCAUUGUUUAAAGUGAACGAUCGAUUGGGUAAACUCGACCAACAUCUCAAGUCUAUCUCCUCUUCAAAAGUCAUAAAGUCCUUAUCCGACAUGGAGAUAAUUCAGAAGGUGCUUUCGGACUUCAAAUCGAAUGUUCCAGAGCAAAUUGAAAAAAUUUGGAAGGGUUUAGAUCAGUGUACUACUGAUUACGGUUUUCGUUUUUCUACGGAUAAAUUCCAAGUAACCGAAAAAAUCAUUAAAAGCGUCAAGAAUUUGAAACGGGCCACUCAGCUGACUGACUUGAAUGUGGAAAAUUUCAAAGCUGAGUUUGAUGCUUUUUUCAACUCUCUUGGUUUCAAAAACUUCAAAAAUCAAGGUGAUUCUGAGAAACAAAUCCCCGAAAUUUUGAAAAAGUUAAAAACUGACAACGGCCUGAGCAGUAUAAGAGAAAGUAUCACCAAACUCAAGGCGAAAUUCGAUGGCUUAGAUGUCGCGACGUUGAAGGACGACGCUGGUUACAUUUUGCAAAACGAACAAGAUUUAAAGCCUAAUGAAUUUGAUAAGGAAAUCAAAUUGCAUAAGCGUCUUCAAGACAAUAAACCAUCUGAAAGCUUCCAAGGAGUAUUGGCCACUCAAAAGCUAAGAAACCUGAAUUCCGAUGACAUUGCCGACGUUGAAUCUGCCGUGUCUUCUGUCUCUGAAGUAUCCAAAAGUCUUUCGGAUCUUGCGAAACUUCCAGAUGAAAUGAAGAAAGAAGCCAAAGAAGCCACCAACGCUCUGAACAAAUUGCCAGAUUCCCUAGCCAAAUCCAAAGUGAUCGGACAAUCGGUGACCUAUCUACAGGGGAGCGUAUAUAAGCCGACAUUAGAGCCAUUUCCCAUCACUUUAUCUCUUCACGAAGUUAUGCGAGCUUCUCCUCAUCGCCAAACCAUUGCCAAGCUGUUCAACGACGGCAUCUCCACCGGUGACAUCGCUCGAAGACUUCUUCUUCCGAGAGCAACUGUCUAUCGAGUUGUGCAACAAUUGAAAGAUCGAGGACAUGUGUUGGAGCUUAAGAAAAGCGGAAGACCUCGUACUGUCAACACUCACCGGACUCGUGGCAUCAUCAAGAAGAGAAUCACACGAAAUGAUGCG